AUGCCCCCCAAAGCACCAGCCUUCGAUCUCCGUAUCCAAGAAGCAUUACAAAGCGUCCUUGACCGUGGUGAAAAAGGCGUUUCUGUUGCAGUCUACUACCACGGCAAACUUAUCAUCAAUGCCUUUGCUGGUGAAAAAGAUGUGGCAACAAAGGCUCCUACGGACGAGCGAACCCUCUUUUCUAUCUUUUCCGUCACCAAAGGCAUCACUGCAUUAGCAGUCCACCUUCAGGCUGAACGCGGUCUGCUACGACUUGAGGAUCCAAUAGCGAAGCACUGGCCUGAGUUCGGCGUCAAUGGGAAGCACGGCAUCACCAUCCAGCAGGUGCUAUCUCAUCGUUCUGGCAUACCACAGAUGCCCACUGGCGUUACACCAGAGUUAAUGGCAGACUGGGACUGGAUGGUACAACAGAUCGCCAAUUUCACUCCAGUAUACCCGCCUGGAAAAGCCAAUGUCUACCAUGUCUUGGUUUGGGGUUGGAUCCUUGGCGAGGUCGUCCGCCGAACUGACCCACAACAACGUUCGUUUGGUCAAUUCAUGACGGAUGAGCUUUGCACUCCACUUGGAAUCACCGACGACCUAUUCCUGGGCGUACCAGAUAGCGAACUCGGAAGGGUAGCGACACUUUAUGGCGGCAAUAAAAUGUUGUUCGAAGACCAGCACGGAACCUCGCCUCCCUCCGUUUUCCCCGGUUCCGAUGUCCACAAUCUCAAGAUUGUCCAGCAAACUAUAGACCCAGGGGCUGGAGCUAUUGGUACCGCCACCGCAAUCGCUCGAGUAUUUGCUAUGAUCGCAGAGGGCGGGGAGCUAGAUGGAGUUCGGCUAUUUUCUCCCGAGCGAGUGAGGAGCUUUUUGCGCUUUAGGGAGGGCGCUUAUGAUGCGGAUGAACUACUUCCAUUUCCUACCUGGUUCGGAGCAGCAGGGUUCUGGCUCGGCGGAGAGCCAGGAGCUUCUGAUCCACUCGUCGGUACUCAUCGUGAGAUCGUCUAUAGCCCUGGGGCUGGUGGCUCUAUUGCAUGGGCGGAUAUUAAACAGAGGAUUUCUGUUGCAAUCUGCCAUAACAAUAUGGAUGUAGCCCUACAAACAGAUCCUGAGCCAAUAUGGGCUCCUAUAGGUCGGGCGAUUCAGGAGGUUCUUAGCGAGCAAUAA